AUGGAAAAUAUUCAAUCGACAAUUCAGCAGAUGCUUAAUGAAGAUAAACGGCGUGAUACAUUUAAAUUUCUAACGUCAUUAACCGGGCUUAAACUCAAUCACGAGCAGGUUUUUGUUAUUGGUGGUGGUCAACAAUUUUCUCAUCGUCACUUAGCAACAAAUAAUUCUGGUGAACAACAAAUGUCUGAUGAUAUAAAUAAUACUGAUCUAUCAAUUCACGAUCUACCUGAUGAAGUUUAUCUUCAUCUGUUUUCAUUUCUUAGUCCAAUUGAUCUUUGUCAAAUAUCAAAUGUUUGUAAAAAAUGGUAUCGUCUUGCCACUGAUGAUAAUGUAUGGCGUCAACGUCUGAUACAAGAUAUGAAACGUUGGCCAUCAAUUAGUUCUCGUUCAAAUCCAUUAAGUUAUAUGCUUGUACAAUCAGAUCGUUCACAAAAAGAAAUUUAUCUAACAUGCUCCCCAACAAUACGUCGUUGUUCAAAUCAACCUGAUCAAAGUUUUAUGUAUUUAGCAAAUCUUUCAAAUUAUUUUCGUAGUUGGUUUAUUGAUUCCAAACAUUUAAUCAUGUUUGGACCUGGCUUAGAAAGUUAUACAUCUCCAUUAGUCAAAAAUCUUCUUUGGGAUGAAUCAAAACGUUUUCAAACGAUGGGCAUGAUUCCUGGACAUGCUGGAUUUGGAUCUGGUAUUAAAAUAAAAUUACAAAGUUAUGUAUUUAAUCUUAUAACAUUAUAUACAAAUUGUAUGAAAGAACGUGAAAAUCGUACAAAUAAUGAUCGAUUAAUAACUAAUAAUCGUCUUGUUCAAACAAAUGAUACUGAUCAUUUUGAUAUAAGUCCACAAGUACGUGAUGUUUGUCGAGAAGCAAAUGGUCUUGUUUAUGUUAUUGAUGCUAGUCGUAAUAAUAAAUUAAGUGAUUUUUGUACAGAAUUACAAGUUAUGACAAGAGAAUUUAGUAGUGUACCAUUAUUGAUAUUAUCAUGUAUUAGAGAUAUGGAAACAAAACGAUGGUCAUCUAUUGAUGUUGUUCGUGAUUUACAAUUAAGUUCACUUGGUAAUCAAUGGUUGGUGCAAGAUUGUUGUGUUGAUAAUAUGGAUGGAGUUGAAGAUGGUUUUCUUUGGUUACUUACACCAAAAAACAAUAAUAAUAUUUUUUUUGGUACAACUAAUGAACCUGAACCGAUGACUAAUUGA